UGGAAGAACGUUAUGAGGAAGCUCGUGUUGAGCAAGAGGGGGACAUCUUUUUUGAGGAAUUGCUGCGGCCCAUGAUUGAGCGGGACCUGCAACAAAUUCUGCAACGGCUUCGCGAAAUUGCAGUACGGGGAUCCUUUCCAGGCGGCACCAUAAGCGCCACGGUGCAACACUUACUGAACGGCGCUGGCGCUGGUACGAUUACCUCGGGGGGACCAGGAGCUUCUCCUCCUCUUUCCUCAGCCUCAGCCUCCCCCUGUCCCCGACCCGCUCUCGAGGCUGCACAUUUGCGAGUGCUUUUCUCUAUGCUUAUCCAGGCAGAGGUUGCGCCACCUGCUAGAGGGGACAAGACUCGUCUUUUCUACCCUGAGCAUGAUUUUGAUGCGGAUAAUGAGGAGCAGAAUUCGUCGAUCAGGCAAUAUGGCGGCCGCGCCACUAGUCGCGGAGGCACAACCCC